AUGGUGGACAACAGCCCCAUCGGGAGGACUGGCGCAUCGGGACCGGCCGGCGCGUUGCCUGCCGGCGGCGGCUGCCGACGGCGCCUCUCCGGGAGGCGGGCGCCGGCGGCCGCGCGCCUCCUACGACGUUCGGCGCUGGCUGAGGAAGAGGCCGCGCUGGUGGCGGGCUCCGAAGAGGACGAGCUCUUUCUGCCGCUGUCCAAGGGGCUGCGCGUCAUGCGCGACGUCAGUUCCGUCACGGCACUCAAGGGCAAGUCGGUGAGCCUCGUGUGCCCGCUGUACGUCGCCGCCUGGGCUUCCGUCUCUUGGGAGAAAGGAAGCAACAAGAUUCCAUUCAACCACCGGCAGCGUGUCCAGCCAGAUGGCAGUCUGUCAAUCAGCAACGUGCAGCAAGUAUCAGACGACGGCAACUACGUUUGCAGAUUUACAGACUCUCGCAACCAGAAGCACACGGGAAACGUCCUGCUAAAAGUGAUCGAGCCUCCCGUCAUCUCGCACUACGAGUUCCGCAAGGACAUGCAGGUUGGCAUGCGCAUCAAGGUGUUCUGCACUGUGGUCCAGGGUGACCCUCCGUUUCUGUUCACGUGGCUCAAAGACGGCGUGCCGGUGGUGGAAAACGGUGCGCCCAGCUCACAGGCGGCAAUCAACGUGCACAACGAGCGUGAUUACAGCAUGCUGUCCACCGACAGUCUGCAGCUCGAGCACUCGGGCAACUACACAUGCGUGGUUAAGAACCAGGCGGCAACCACUGCCUAUUCCGCAGUGCUUCGUGUAAACGAGCCACCAAAGUGGGACGUGGAGCCGGAGAGCGCAGCCGUGGUGCAGGGUCGCAACGUGCAGCUGCAGUGCAGCGCGUCCGGAACGCCGCAGCCCAUCAUCACAUGGAUGAUCGCCUCCGACUCCACUCGAGAAGAGUUCCUGCCGCUAUACAACAGUCACAAGUACGGCUUGUUUCCGAAUGGCACUCUUUCAAUUCACCAACUGGAACCCGAGGAGUCAGGGUACUACCUCUGCAAGGCCUCCAACGGCUUCGGCGAAGACCUGAGCAAACUUGUUUUUCUAACAGUGAAACGGCCGCCGAAAUUCGAUGUCAAGUUUCGAGCCCAUGCUGUCAAGAGAGGCGAGAAGGCCCGACUCCAGUGCACGGCCAUGGGAGACCUGCCGAUCGCCAUGACCUGGUCGAAGAACAAUGACCGGGUCCCCGAAAAGAGCAAGUACAAAGUGUCGACAGUGGCGAACCAGUCCUUGUCAAGCGUGUCUUCGACCCUCGUCGUGUCCACGGAGACAGUCGAGGAUUCGGGCAUCUACAGCUGCUUUGCCAAGAACCACUAUGGAUCUGACGAGACCAGCAUGCGCCUCCUUGUGCAAGAGGUGCCCGGGCCGCCAGUGAACGUCACAGUGGCCAACGCAACAGGGAACAGCCUCUUCCUGACUUGGGGCGAGCCUUUCCGGGGAAACAGCGCCAUCACCCGCUACCUCGUACAGUUCCGUGAAGCUGGUUCAGACGACGAGGCGGCGCUUCGCAACAUAACCACCAACAGCUCGCUCACGUCGGCGACCAUUGGCCCGCUGCGUCCGGCCCGAGUCUUCAGCCUGCGAGUUAAAGCUGAGAACGGCAUCGGAUGGGGUCGCUUCAGCAACUGGGUCACGGCCAACACGGAGGAACACAGUCCUGCAAGCCCGCCACUGAAUAUCACAGCUCGUCCGACCGGUCCGAACUCCAUCAAGAUAUCUUGGGAGCCGCCUAAAGAGGAGGACUGGAACGGCCACCUGAAGGGCUACUACAUCACGUACCGGCCGGCCGGCUCGAACGAGCAGCAUUACCACAAGACGGUGGAGGUGCACAACCCGCACCAGCGCCAGGAGAUACACCUGACCAACCUGCGGCUCUCCAUGUCCUACAGUGUGGCCAUCCAGGCCUUCACUGGCAAGGGUACCGGUCCAAUGUCACGCGAGGUGCUCGUCAAGACCCUCGACGACGUACCACCGAGCCCUCCCACCCUCGAGGUUGUCUCAGUGUCAACGAGCUCGGUCACUUUGGGUUGGUCGCUCAAGACGUCGUUCGGGAACCCCGUCACAGAGUACGUGCUUCACCAGCGCAAGGAGGCCGACCACUGGCAGGAGACGCCCAUCUCGACGAUGCAGCCCGUGUACACGGUGCGAGAUCUCGAGUGCGGCACCACGUACCAGUUCUACAUGACGGCGCACAACUCGCUCGGCCGCAGCGAGCCUAGCGACGUCAUCCGCGCAAAGACCGAUGGCGCCGCGCCGCUGUCGCCGACCAAGGAGGAGUUCAUCCAGGCAUCUCAGCGGCACGCCAGCCUGAGCCUGCGCAGCUGGAAGAGCGGUGGCUGCGAGCUGCUCGACUUCACGGUGAAGCUGCGCCAGGGCGCGGCGCAGGCCUGGACCACGGUGGCCGAAGGGUUGCCGGCCAACCAGACCCAGCUGCUGCUGCGUAACCUGACGCCCGGCGCAACGUACCACGUGCACGUGGUCGCCCGUUCCACGGCGGGCGCCACCGAGGCCCAAUACGAGUUCACCACGCCCAAUGGCACCGCGCACGUGGCCUCGGUGGAGGCCACCUCGUCGCAGCCCAAGCGUUCGUCGCUGCCUAGCAUGACCGACCUGGAGAUCCUGGUGCCCAUCCUCGUCUCCAGCUGCGUGGUGCUCAUCGUCAUCGUCGUUGGCUGCAUCCUCUGCUCCAGGGAGUCCCUCUGCGCCGACAGGCAUUGCGGCCGACCAGACUUGCGCACGGCGUACUCGGAGGAAGUGGUCGACAUGAAGGACCUGGCCAACACGGCCGAGUGCAUGGCCCGCUGCGAGGACGGUAUGCACCACUCGGCAUCGCAGAUGAACAGCCGCUUCCCCCCUGCCGGACAGUCCAUCUACGCGCAGAGGCCUGUAGUGGAAACCGAGGACGACCGGCACCCGUACGCGAUGCCCUACGACGUGCUGCACGGCGGUGCCGCCGGCGGCGGCGGGGGCGGAGGGGCAGCAGAAGGAGCCGAAGCACAAGACGGGAGCGGCGCGGACGGCGCGGGAUGCCAGAACCACCUGGACGGCAGAAGCACGCUCAAGAGGCGCUCUGACCUCAAGGAUCACCGGUCAAACAACAUUUACAUCAGCCGUCAGAGCCUGUCCAGGACGAAGCCACGAGACCGACCUUACGAGUCCCUCAUGGUGAACAUGAACCCGUACCCAGCUGACGGCACGACAACGUCGACGCUCUCUAGGAAGGACCAGGAGGACAUUCAAGUGUGACCCUGGGACAGACGCCGAACUUCCUCCGCCGCUCCUGCUGCCUCAUCCCGCAGUUCGCUCAGAACUCCGUGCUCACAGAAACGGGCGUCAAAUGAACUCGACGCGCCAACCGAGUGAAGUGCAGCGUUCAGGUUCCACCCCCGUCGCAGAAAUCAUCAUCCAGCUUCGGUUUGCUCCGUCCUUUGUGGUGGACGACAAAAGGAACAUACUGACCUCCCUUAGCUGCACCAAAGAAUCAUCCGAUCACGUCGUUUGGUGCACGUUUCCACAGGACAAACGUAAUCUUAGUUGCGUUUUCCUUUUAGCAGAACAUUGUUGGUAAUUGCAGCAAUUCUCAAUUUCGUGCGACCUCUGACAUCUACAUGUGUCAGUGUUACAUAUGUGCGCCUAGUUAUGGAAUAACGCGCAGCAGGUCAUUUAGCACAGACAGGGAACGAAGUCGAGUCUACUAAGUUAUUGUUGAUCUCUCGACUAAUCACAAACUCCUAUGAAGCUAAGUAUUUCUCCGAUACAAACGUUACCACUAUUCACGCUCCAUUCAAGUAAAAACAAGGAGACCUGUGGCAACAAUGAAGAAAAUGCGAGAGAGAAAACUGGGCUGUAAAGGAACAAAAGAAGCCGGUAAGGGUCGCAAGUUUCUAACACUGGAAACGUUCCAAGGGGCUCCUGCAGUUCUAUUUGUGUCAUAUCCGCCUCCCUUGUAGGAAGCGGCGCGGAUUAACCCUUAGCAUCAAGUAUGCAUAUUCAUACGUGUGAAUGCCCUUGGGACUAGAAAUGAGGACAGCCAGAGUCAUAGCUCAGUUACUAGAGAUGCGAAGGCCAAACGCUCUAUCUCCGCCUUUGGCGUAUUCUCGUCGCGCGGUUCACUAUCUCGCACUUGAAACAUUGCAAUUCACUUGCUCGUUCUUCAUUAGGACAAGCUGCUCUCGUUCUUUUUUCCUUUAUCUGUUUUGCAGUGACCUCAGUUCUCCAAUUCAUGCAGCGCUGUCAUAAAGUAAUUUCCAACCGCGUGCUCGCGCGUUGCGGCAUUUGAACGACAGAGCCUUGAUUCGCAGCCGCAUGUAGUCGUAGACGAUGUGGCAGACCUGUCCACUCAUUCAGGACUUGUGCCCUUACCGACGUCGCAACAAGAAAGUUGAAGUCUCUUUUCACACUUUUUUCUUGUUCUUCAUUUUUUUUCUUGAUCCGCCUUACUUUACGCGCUUGCUUUCAGCCAGCAGUGUUUUGUCGUCUUCCAUAAAAAAAAAUGUAGGCACACUACUUCGAGUCACACCAGACCAUUUUCUUCUAUUAUCUCAGGGACCAGGGCAGGCUUAAUCAACGUUUCAUUGAUUACGCGUUUUUUUUAUUAAAGCUUUAAUUUUCUAGCAUGAGCGAGUAAAUAAGGAACCUGAUCAUAUUUAUUACUGGGUAUGUGGCAUUUAAAAGAUAAGUGCAGUCUUGGGGCUAAUGCGAGGAAUUUUGAAUUUUGAUUUCGUACACGUUAUUCAAAUAUUUGUUGUUUCUUUUUGUUGUAUAGUAUGAGAAAACAUGGCGGCAGGCUCGUCAUUUACUGCUCUCAGAUAUUAUCGACAGAAGCGGGCAACACAAGUAUACUUACGUCAAGAAAAUAAUAUCUUCGAGUGGAACAACGCAGACACAAAAAAAAGGAAGAAAAAAAAAACAGAGACAGAAUUUGACCCGCCUUCUACACUGAACCGGUUCGGCGACUGCGUUGAGGUGCCCUGGAGCCAAAUUCACAAAGCUCGUUCGUGUUCUUUUUUUUUUUUUUUUUUUUUUUUGCCAUUGGCCCGCCGCCGUCCCUAAUCAUAUGUCAAGCAUCAGGAUUGGCUGAAACUUUCUCUUAGUAAAAAUUCUAGCGUAAGAGCUCUUUGUGAAUACAAACGUUACACAAUCUCUUUUUUUUUUAAUUAAGAGACGCUCUGCGUCCUGAAAGGUGACCACCGGGUGUACCUGCACUAUACUAUAUAAUGCGCUGCACCAUCACUAAAGCCCAAGAUUUACCCAACUCCCACCAUAGGGCUCAUCGGUCCAGCUUUUGCGCUGGAUACCUGUCAACAUUAAUUUUUAGAGAGGUUUUGUGUGAAGCGUAUGUGUGUAAGAGAGAGUAACUCGGCUUGAGCACGAACAAACGAAUGCCAGUCUGUAAUUGGCGAAACUCUCCAGGAUAAUCAUUAUUCGCAUAAACCACUCUCUGCGAGCUGCCGUGAUGUCGUAACCCACUGCCAAGGAUCCUUCGCCCUUACCCCCUCGUAUUGACGCGCGCGUAGUUGAAUGCGUUCCAGGGGUGUAACUGAACAAAAAGAUAUUCUAGCAUUUACUAUACAGCGUGUUUGAACGAACACGUUCAAUUUUUUUUUAAUUACCGGUGGCGGAUAGCACAAUUCUUGUCCAUGAGCUGG